GAAGAAGAAAAGCUAAAAUUGCCUAUCUAUCCUGCAAUUGAAUAAUGAUACAAAACAUCAUUAGUAUAGAUAGCCACUUUCUCUGAUAUAUGCAUCAACAAGAUAGCUAAAAAUUAAGUUGUAUUUAGAUUCAACCAAAUAUUUAGAUCUGUUUAGAGUGAUUUAAAAUGGGUGUUAUUAAUUGGUUUCAAUACAAAUAGCUGAAAAGUUAAAAAUUUCAGUACUCUCUCCCUGCUAACAAGGACAGGAGUGGCAUGCGUCAGUUUAGUACACAAUUUUAUGUUUGUAGAUUCUAAUUUGGAUUUAAGAAAAUAGUGAAUUUGAAGUAGGACUACACAUCUUAGACUGUUCAAAAACCAUGUUUUUUUGUUUUUUUGUUUUUUGUUUUGUUUUUUGGACAUGGAAAUGAGAUGAAAUGGAAAUAUAUGAAUAUUGUUAUGUUAAUGAGAUUUGCAGACAUUUCUUUUUUAUUUUGGCACUAAAUAAGACUUGCAUACACACAUAUGGUCUGUUACUACUUUCUAGGAAACUUGCCUAGAUAGAUCUUGGUCAAAGGAGAUUGCUGCUAAAAGCCAUUAUAUUAUACUACUACUAAAUUUUUACUUUGACCAAGUCUAUAUGCUAGCUUUCCUUGGUCAGCACUCCAAGUAAUGCACAAUUUGACAUCAAAAUUAAAAACGCCGCCGCUGACCUCAUUUCAGGGCAAUCACUUCUGGCCAACUCUUUUUGGUGCAUAAAUAAAGAAAUCUGCUAUAAAUAAACAUUUUAUAUAUCCUCCUUCAUCAAGGAAAAAAAAAAAAAAAAAAAGUUUUCUUUCAAGCAAGUCUUAUAUUAUAUACUCUUCUAUUAUAAUUUAUACAUACUGAAGGUUAAAUAUGGAGGGCAAUUCUUGCAGGUCAGAAGGAAUAGAAGGCAGGGAUGGCUACCAAUCAAGGAUCUCUCUUCGGCCAUUGCAACUCUCUGAUAUCGAUGAUUUCAUGGUCUGGGCUACAGACCAUAAAGUUGCUCGUUUUUGCACUUGGGAACCUUAUAAUAGCAAAGAAGAAGCUAUAAACUUCAUCAAAGAUAAGGUCAUCCCACAUCCGUGGCUCAGGGCAAUUUGCAUCGAUGACAGGCCAAUCGGGACCAUUUCCGUGACUGCGAAUUCCGGCACUGACAAGUGUAGAGGUGAACUUGGCUACGUUUUGGGGACAAAGUAUUGGGGCAAAGGAAUUGCAACACAUGCAGUGAAAUUGGUGAUUGAUGCUAUAUUCAAAGAAUGGCCUCAUUUGGAAAGACUUGAAGCUUUUGUAGAUGUUGAAAAUGUUGGGUCUAAGAGGGUGCUAGAGAAAGCUGGUUUUCAAUGUGAAGGUGUUCUAAGGAAGUACUUAAUUCUCAAAGGGAAAACUAGGGACAUGUUGAUUUUUAGCCUUCUUUCUACUGAACUUCAAAGUUGAUAUAAAAGAAAAAAAAUAUAAAAAAAAUUGAUGUCAUCUAAGAAAAUGGACUGUCAUAUAUAUAUAUAUAUAUAUAUAUCAAAUUCGAAAUUUGUAAUUUUC